AUGGCUGGUGUGCCUUUUAUUUUAUCCCAUUUAAUUCACCUUUACUCUCCCAAACUCUUUCGCCAAGGAGUUUUUACUUUAGUAGCAAGAAGCAAAAGAGUUCUGGUCAAUCCAGAAGACGAGAAGGAUCGAGGCUGGUAUGCCAGGUUUAUUGCUGCCCCCACUGUUGGUUUAGUGGGUGAUGAAAACGUUCCUUUCCCUGAGAAGUGGAAUUUUGCAUACUCUGAGGAGGAGGAAGAACAAGACGAGGGUUCUUUGAUAAAAAAGCCACGAGCUAGGAGACGAAUUAUUUCAGAUAAUGAAGCAUCUCCCCCUCGUUCUACUCCUCACACCGAGCCUGUUGAAGGCCCGUUGGUGAUUCCUGAUGAUGAUACCCCCGCUGCCGCCCAUGAUUCUAGUGAGCAGCUUUUUACCCGCGGGUUUGGUAGUGAAAGUUUAAAACCAAUUUCUGAUGAAGCGCCCCUUACUUCUUUUCCUUUAUCUGCUCCUACAAUACCUUCUUUGCCUUUCGAGGAUGUUCCCGUUGCUGCUUCUCCCCCAGCUAUUUUGACUCCUUCUACUGCUCCUCCCUCAACUGUUUUGACUUCUUCUACAAUUCCUCCCACAACUGUUAAACAAUCUGAGGUUGGUUCCUCAAGUAGAGGUGGAGCCAUGAGACAGGUUAUCAUCGAAGUCCCUGCCGAUGGUAAUCUUUUGAGAAAAUCAGGAGGGGCUGAUGUGUGGUUGAAACCUCUAAUUGGUCCAAUCGAGAAGGCCAAGCUUGAGAGCCACAAUUCUUUAACUUUGAUGAACGACAUAAUACACUCAUCAUUAAAGAUCAACCUCGUUGGUACAGAAAUGAUGAAGAGGAUUUCUCACACGGAGCAGUUGAUGCAUGAGUACCAAGUUGAAGCAGAUAACUGGAGAGAGCAAUUUGAGAGCCUUCAAAUUGACAUGGAAGCAUUAGAAGAGAACAAGUGCACCUUAGAACAGCAGCUGAGAAAUUUAACUUCGGAGUUGGCGGUUGAAAGAGCUUCCUCAAAUCAAGCUAGUAAAGACAAAAAUCUCCUCGAAACUUCCUUUUCCGAGCAACUCUCCAAGGCUAGUGAAGAAAUCAGAGAGUUGAAAGUUCUCUUAAGUAGAAAAGAAGCUUAUGCUGGUGAACUUGUGCAAACUUUGACUCAGACUCAAGAAGACCUCCGGGAAUCUUCUGGUAAGGUUCGCUUUUUAGAAAGUUCACAUGCUUCUCUUCAAAUUUCUUAUGAUUCUGCCUUGGUUGAGAAUGAGAAACUUAAAAGUGAAAUUGCUGAGUGGGAAAAGGAUUACGAGAUUCUCGAGGAUAAAACCGCAAUUGAAGUGAGUUGGGCAUUUUUAAAUUCUCGCCAUGAUACCCUUGUAGAAGUUAGCCAAGAGAAUUUCAACUUGGAGGCUGAGUUGGCUAAAAUAAAAGAAACCAUCAAAAAGACUCAGCAAAGCCAAGACUUUUCUUCUCCCGUGGCUGAAACUUCUGAAAAUAUAGAAGAUGAUACGGGUACGAUGAGUGCUCCAUUUCCUUCAAGUCAAGUUGAGCCUGCUGCUGCUGAUGAUUCUGCUUCAGUUCCUUCUUCAACUCCUUAG